CUUGGAGGGUAUACAGAAAAAAAAAAGUAAAAAAAUAAAAAUCACUUCCUAAAUGGUAAAACAGCUUAGGAAUCUCGUGCAAGCUCUAUGGGGUCUUGCCUUCGGUUUAUUACAAAAAAAGAACAGAACAGCUCCUUCCCUCCGAGGAAUCUUCUCUUCCUCACAAUCUCACCAACUUCUCUCCUUCCUGUUGUCUAUCAAUCAUUAGUUUUUAUUUCUUUCGAACCUUAUCUUAACCAACCCCCAACAAUGGCCACGGCUGCUCUUCUCCCCUGAGCACCACCUACCCUUGCCUUUCUCGUAGCACCUUCCCAAGUUCAGGACAGGAUGGCCUCCUGUGCCUCGUCCCUCCUUGGCCUCCUGUCUUUCCUCAUUGUGGCGAGCAUAGCAUCAUCAUCAUCCUCUUCUAGGGGAAUCCGCCUCAGUAUUGUCCGAAAACCAUUCGCUGCUGUCCCUGUAUUCAGGGAGGCUCCAGCUUUCCGAAAUGGGGAUUGCUGUGGGCUUCAGAGAAUCCACAUUGUCAUGACUCUUGAUGCCAAUUACCUUAGAGGCACCAUGGCUGCCGUUUUAUCCAUCCUCCAACAUUCUACUUGCCCUGAAAACAUGGAGUUCCAUUUUCUCUGGUCACGUUUCGAGCGUGAGGUCUUCUCCAGCAUCAAAUCCACCUUCCCUUACCUUAAUUUCAAAUUUUACCGGUUUGAUUCCAACCGUGUUCGCGGCAAGAUAUCUAAAUCCAUUCGUCAGGCUCUAGACCAGCCUUUAAACUAUGCUAGAAUUUACCUUGCUGACAUUAUCCCAUCCGACGUUAAACGUGUGAUUUAUCUGGACUCUGAUCUUGUUGUUGUUGAUGAUAUUGCAAAAUUAUGGGAGGUUGAUUUAGAGGAAAAGGUUUUGGCUGCUCCAGAAUAUUGUCAUGCAAAUUUCACCAACUAUUUUUCUAAACUAUUUUGGCUUGAUCCUGUUUUGGCCAAGACUUUUCAUGGAAGAAGGCCUUGUUAUUUUAACACAGGAGUCAUGGUUGUGGAUGUGGAAAAGUGGAGGCAAGGAGGGAUUACACAGAAGGUUGAAGAGUGGAUGACAGUGCAAAAGCAAAAGAGAAUCUAUCAUUUAGGUUCAUUGCCGCCAUUUCUAUUGGUCUUGGCUGGGAACAUCAAAGGAGUUGACCAUCGAUGGAACCAGCAUGGAUUAGGGGGUGACAAUAUGGAAGGAAAGUGUAGGAGUUUGCACCCAGGACCUAUUAGUUUGCUUCAUUGGAGUGGGAAAGGGAAACCUUGGCUGAGGCUUGACUCAAGGAAACCAUGCAUUGUGGAUCAUCUCUGGGCUCCAUACGAUCUUUAUCGCUCAUCGAUGCAUGCUCUUGAAGAAUGAGGAUGGAGUCAGUGAGAAAAGGAAGGGGUUGGUGGUUUAGGAGAGCAAGAGGAGAUACACUAAUGGCUAAGAAGUCAAAUUUUUUAAAGAACUCUUCAAAAACAAA